AGUAGUCAUUCCUUUUUAUUUCUGAAAUAUAUCUGCUAUAUGGAUAUAUUGCAUGCAGUUUGUUUAUCCACUUACUUGUUGAAGGGCAUAUGAGUUGUUGCUAGUUUUUGGCAAUUAUGAAGAAGCUGCUAUAAACAUUUGUGUAAACAUUUUGGUGUGAACAUGUUUAAUUUCUCUAAUGUAAAUAUAUGUUUAAUUUUAUUAGAAACUGCCAAGCCAUUUUUCUGCCUGGUUGUACUAUUUUGCAUUCACAUUUCACAUACAUGAACAAGGCAAAAUUUGGUUUCUCUAAUAUUACUGGAAUUGAUUACUCUCCUUCUGCAAUACAGCUUUCUGGAAGUAUUAUAGAGAAAGAGGGUUUAUCUAACAUUAAGUUGAAGGUAGAAGACUUUUUGAAUCUUUCCACAAAGCUGUCUGGAUUUCAUAUUUGUAUUGACAAAGGGACUUUUGAUGCCAUAAGCCUUAAUCCUGACAAUGCGAUUGAGAAGAGGAAGCAGUAUGUGAAGUCCCUCUCUGGGGCGUUGAACGUGAAAGGCUUUUUUCUAAUAACCUCGUGUAAUUGGACCAAGGAAGAGUUGCUAGAUGAAUUCAGUGAAGGAUUUGAACUUUUCGAAGAGCUGCCAACACCCACGUUCAGCUUUGGAGGCAGAUCUGGAAACAGUGUAACAGCAUUGGUUUUCCAGAAAACGUGAGACUUUUCACUGGACAAAUUCAGUUAGCUUUGUUAAGAAGCUCCACAUCAAAGUUAACCUGACACAGAAAUGCAAGUGCAAAUAAAUGCUUAGUAAGUACACAGGAUGCACAUGUUGAAUAGAUGUAAUGGGUUGGUAAGAAUAUGAACAUGUGAGCGGUUGAGUUUUAGAGACCAACCAAGAAUCAUUUUAAAGUUUUCUUUUGUAUUUGAAAUGUAAAUAUUUUUCUCUUCGAUUAAAAAAAAUUUCCUGUAACUGCUAAACAGUCAAAAACUUUAAAGCAGUAAUUGAAUUUAUAGAAAGCAUGUAUUCUUGGUUUUUGUGCUUUGGUAAAGUUGAAUGGAAUAUAGCUGCUCGUUAAGAUUUGACGAAACUACUCCAGGGCCAGAAUAAUAAACAUCAACUUUCUUAGUGUUUUAUUAGACUGUCUAUGAAACAUAAUAAGUAUAAUAUUUUGGGUUGAAUGGUGGUUCUUUAAAAAAAAAACAAAAUUAAUACCUGAGAAAAAUCCCCUAGUUUUCAUGUGUAUAAUCAAACAAAAUCAGAUAAAUGUAUGAGUUGAUCAAGAAA